GCGGGCCGGGCUUGCUGAGGGAGGUGUGACUGAAACAAAACAAAGCCAAAGGGACGCUGGAUCUAUCAUUGGUUGAUUUUCCUCCUCCUUUUUUUUUUUAUGACCAAAAACAACCCCCCACCCGAGCAAACAAACACACACAAAAGCAGAAAGAAAGGGUCUUGCUCAGCAGCAGCAUGGAUGUCUUGGCUAGUUAUAGUAUAUUCCAGGAACUCCAGCUUGUCCACGACACCGGCUACUUCUCAGCUUUGCCAUCCUUGGAGGAAAACUGGCAGCAGACAUGCCUGGAGUUGGAGCGAUACCUUCAGACUGAACCGCGGAAGAUCUCUGAGACCUUUGGUGAGGAUUUGGACUGCUUCCUUCAUGCCUCCUCAGCCCCAGAUGCAGAGGACAAUAUACGACGGCUGGACCCCAUCCUUUUACCAGUGGAGACCAGUACAUGUGACAAAAGCGCCAACAUGGACAUUAUCCUCUCCCGUGACAAACUGCUGUCUGAGACGUGCCUCAGCUCGCAGUCCACCAGCUCUUCCACAGAAGGCUACACAGCCGUCAACCAGGCCCAGCUCAAUGCAGUGACCUCAUUAACCCCCCCUUCCUCUCCGGAGCUCAGCCGCCACCUUGUAAAAACCCCACAGACUCUCUCAGCGGUGGAUGGCACAGUGACGUUGAAACUGGUAGCCAAGAAAACUUCACUCAGCUCUGUGAAAGUGGGUGUAGCAACAGCGACUGCGGGGACAAUAAAAAGCGGGCAAAGUGACAGUGAGCAAGGAGGUACAGGGACAGAAGCAUCCCCAGAAAACAAGAAGAGGGUUCAUCGCUGUCAAUUUAAUGGGUGCCGGAAAGUUUAUACAAAGAGCUCCCACUUAAAGGCUCACCAGAGGACUCAUACAGGCAGUGAAGGCCAAAAUGGAGCUGGGAAGGACCUGGGAAGAUGGAUUUUGAAGCCUGUCCCACUGCUAUGCCUGCUGGCAGGUGCUGAGCCCAGCAGCGGAGUGGCACUGUGUCCCACAGGAUUUGCACUGUGA